GGUGUUGGGGGAGGUGGUAGUGAGGUGCCCUGGUGUUGGGGGAGGCCGUAGUGAGGUGCCCUGGUGUUGGGGGAGGCGGUAGUGAGGUGCCCUGGUGUUGGGGGAGGCGGUAGUGAGGUGCCCUGGUGUUGGGGGAGGCGGUAGUGAGGUGCCCUGGUGUUGGGGGAGGCGGUAGUGAGGUGCCCUGGUGUUGGGGGAGGUGGUAGUGAGGUGCCCUGGUGUUGGGGGAGGUGGUAGUGAGGUGCCCUGGUGUUGGGGGAGGUGGUAUAGAGGUGCCCUGGUGUUGGGGGAGGUGGUAGUGAGGUGCCCUGGUGUUGGGGGAGGCGGUAGUGAGGUGCCCUGGUGUUGGGGGAGGCGGUAGUGAGGUGCCCUGGUGUUGGGGGAGGUGGUAGUGAGGUGCCCUGGUGUUGGGGGAGGUGGUAGUGAGGUGCCCUGGUGUUGGGGGAGGUGGUAGUGAGGUGCCCUGGUGUUGGGGGAGGUGGUAUAGAGGUGCCCUGGUGUUGGGGGAGGCGGUAGUGAGGUGCCCUGGUGUUGGGGGAGGCGGUAGUGAGGUGCCCUGGUGUUGGGGGAGGUGGUAGUGAGGUGCCCUGGUGUUGGGGGAGGUGGUAGUGAGGUGCCCUGGUGUUGGUGGAGGUAGUAGUGAGGUGUCCUGGAAUUGGGGACAGUAGCAGUCAAUUGUCCUGGAAUUGGGGACAGUAGCAGUCAAUUGUCCUGGAAUUGGGGACAGUGGCAGUCAAUUGUCCUGGAAUUGGGGACAGUGGCAGUCAAUUGUCCUGGAAUUGGGGACAGUGGCAGUCAAUUGUCCUAGAAUUGGGGACAGGAGCAGUCAAUUGUCCUAGAAUUGGGGACAGUAGCAGUCAAUUGUCCUAGAAUUGGGGACAGUAGCAGUCAAUUGUCCUGGAAUUGGGGACAGUAGUAAAUCAUCCUGCAACCAAGGACAGUAGCAGAUCCGUUGUCCUGUAAUUGAGGACAGUAGCAGUAAAUUAUCCUGGGAUUGGACUGAGUAGCAGAUACUUUCUCCUGGAAUUGGGAACAGUAGAAGAUCAGUGUUUUGGAAUCGAAUUGUCCUGGAAUUGGGGAUUAGCAGUAAAUUGUUCAGAUACAGGGCUGGUAGUAGUGAGUUGUCCCGGUAUUGGUGACAUUUUUUGGAAAGUUGCAGUGAUGUGACCUGAUAUUGUAGAACAGUUGCAGAAAAAUUCCCUUCUAUUGGGGAGAUUACCAGGAAUGUGAAAACAAAAGCAAGUGUACGUCUCAAUAGGGGAAGAAGACUUAUCCAAAUCCCACCCAGUGCUCCAAGACAGAGGAAUCGCUUGGGGUGUAGGCGAUUAGUAGACCUAGCUGCAAUGAAGGAUAUGCUGUCUUUGAAUUUGAGCCUGGGGUAGAUAAGUGGAGUUCAGUACCACUGUGUAGAUCUGAAAAAGUGUUAGCGCUGGAAAGUCCUAUUAGGGUGACGCAGCUCCAUCCGUUAUUUUUGCUCAGUCUUUUUAGCACCAUGAUGAAGAAGGUAUAAAGAGAUACCAUUAAAGUUUGAUGAUAUGGAAGGUCAGGAAAGAUAUGGAGAUGAUUUAGAGAAGCACAGAAAAGGGGAGAUGAACGUUGGACAGAUGACAGAACCAGAGAGGAGAACUGAAACCACGUCAGCUGAGACUGGUGUAAAUAAUAGUCAGUUAUGCUCCAUGAGGGACAUGGACACCAAGCUAUGUGACUGUGGGGUAAAACCAAAGGCAAUGUACAGUAACUGUCAGGUAAUGAGAAUAAUGGAGUUAGAAAGGGGUUUAUGUGAUUCUGAAGUUGGAGGGAGGGUGGGGUAUGCAGGCAGUAACACAAAGAACCACACAAAUAAUGAUGGAGAAAAACAAUUGGAAAGGGAUGUAGCUGAUGUAGCUAGGCAUAGCGCAGUGGAGGGGACUAGGAGUCCAAAGAGCUGUGGGAAAGGGGAGCUGCACCAUUGUAGAACACAUAUGAUGGGAAAUGAUCCACUAGCUUGUAAAGAAGCAGACAAGGCUGGUGAUUUUUCUGGGUGCAGAAUUAACAAUAAAAGCGGUCAUUCCACUGGCACAACAGCAAGUCAAGUGGUUGAAGAUUCAUCUGAAUGCAUGGCAAGGCAACCUAAAAGUGGAGAGAUGGAAGGUAAUCUUUGGCCAGUGGAACACGAAGACCAAGAUGACAGUCUAUGUGAAUGCAGUUGUGGAGAGCAGCUUCCAGACUUAAGUCGCUUAGGGAUCUCCUCUGCCAUGGACUUUAUGGCGCAUUAUCCUUAUGAAGAUUGCAGCUCAAAUGAAUUUGUCAUGAUGUGUGACUUUGCAGCUGCUGAAGAAACACAGCUGAGCCUUUCUUAUGGGGACAGGGUCGUCCUCUUGUCUGCAGAGACACCAGAUUGGUGGUGGGUUGAACAUAAUGGUAAUUGUGGGUAUGUGCCAGCCAGUCAUUUGCACAAAAUAAACGAUGAAGACGAUGCAGAGGAUGAUGACCCGUGGCAGGACAAGGAGUAUUUUGGGAGCUACAAGACUUUGAAGCUACACUUGGAGAUGCUGUCUGACCAGCCUCGUACACAGACUUACAGAAAUGUAAUAUUACAAAACAGUUCAGCACUGAAAGGAAAGCGAAUCCUCGAUCUAGGUUGUGGAACUGGAAUAAUAAGCUUUUUCUGUGCACAGCUGGCGCAGCCUGAUGUUGUGUAUGCGGUAGAAGCAAGUGAUAUCGCUGAACAAACAAGUAGGUUAGUUGAAGAAAAUGGAUUCUCAGGAAUAGUUAAGGUUAUACGUCAGAGGGCAGAAGAAUUGAAAUUACCGUCCAGAGUUGAUGUCCUUGUGUCUGAGUGGAUGGGAACCUGUUUGGUGUUUGAAUUCAUGUUGGAAUCUGUUCUUCUAUCUCGUGACCUGUGGCUGAAAGAGAGUGGAAUAAUGUGGCCGAGUACUGCAUCUAUUCACAUGGUUCCAUGCAGUGCAGAGAAGGAAUAUUCCACCAAGGUUCUCUUCUGGGACUCUGCCUAUGGGCUCGACUUCAAGAUGUUAAAGUCUAUGGCUGUACAAGAGUUCCUGGCAAAACCAAAACCUGACUAUGUGCUAAAUCCUGAGGAUUGUCUGUCUGAGCCCUGCGUCUUGCUGAACAUAAAUAUGAAGACUCUAAAAGUUGAGGAGCUUGAGAGAAUGAGCGGUCCAUUUGCAUUCCAUGUAAAACGUGAUGGCAUACUCCAUGGUUUCACUUCUUGGUUCAGUGUCCAGUUCCAGAACAUUGAGAACCAGGGGCAUGUAGAACUGCAUACAGGUCCCUUCAACCCGCUCACUCACUGGAAACAUACACUCUUUAUGCUGGAUGAACCAAUACAGAUUCACAGAGGAGACAGGGUUGAGGGCUCUGCAGUAUUUAACAGGAAUCCUAUGUGGAGACGUCACUUAUCUGUCGCACUCAACUGGUCUGUCACUGCGGAAUCAGCGACAACAGCACACAAUGUUGGCUGCAAGGUAUUUCCAAUAUGGAGAUGAAUUUCUUUCCAUGGGAGUUGCUGAAGGUGUUUCUUAUACGAACAAGACACGUUGGACUGUAAUCCACUUACAUUUCAAAUAUAUUACCUGGCAGAUAAUGACAGGCAAUGUA